UACUGUAGUGUCAGCUCUCCCAGUCCCAGUCUCCCAGACUCCCACAUAACAAAAUAUUCUCAUAAUUUUAAUCUGCUGUCAUCGCUGUUUCUCUAAUUCCCUGCUACUCUUGAAAUGUGGAGGCUGUCUACUACUUCUCACCAAUGGACCGUGUUAUUGCUGCUGCUGUUCUCCAUCUUAUCAAACCAGUAUCCAUCAGUUACAGGUAAUGAUCUGAUCAUCAGGCAAAGAUUAAGGAGUAAUGAAACCGUCAGUCAAAUUGUGAAAGGUCUAGCGACUUACAUAGUCAAUACAGACUAUUACUUUGACUGCACUUCAGUAACUUACGGUAGCUCUCUUGUAUGGCAGAGAGAUGGGGCUAGCUUAGGAGGAUCACAAAGUACACUUUCUGGUAUGGUUCCAGGCCUUAGAUUCUCUUUCUUUACUCCAGCAAUGGAUAGAGAAGGAAUAUACAUUUGUAGGCACAAUGAUAGUGUCUCAGUUUCUCUAAUGAUAACUACUACUAAUCCAGCAGUACAGUCCAUACAUAAAAACAUCACUGUGUUAGCUGGUAACAAUGCUUCCAUUGAGUUCUAUGCCUCAUCAGAACCAUUCAUCACAUCUACUGACAUAACAUGGUCCUUUAAUAACACUCUAAUUACUACCAGCUCAUCAGCUAAAUAUAAUUUGACUUUCGAUAAUCGAAUAUUAAACAUACAGUCAGUGGAUGCAUCUGAUGAUGGAGACUAUAAUAUAACAGUGAAGGAUAGUGUAUCAGCUACAACGAGACUAAUAGUACUCACCCCUCCUAGCUUCACUGCUCAUCCAUUGACUACACUCAGUCUAACUGAAUGGACUAUGUUUACUUUGAACUGUACAGUAACUGGAUCAGUGGAUAUAAUUAACAUCACUUGGCUUAGAUCCGAUGGAUCAGAACUGCCUGAAGGAAGCAUCAUUUAUACAAUGACAACUGAUCUUGCAAAGUCAUCAAGAUUAACGGUCCCUGAUGCUCGUGUGGCUGACAGUGGAGUGUAUUAUUGUAAUGCUUCGUUUACUGAUGGAACAAAUUCUACAUCAUCAAAUGAAUCUGUUGUAAAUAUUACUGGUGGCAUACGUAAUCUCUAUUUCCCACAAGGGGAUAAUAACAUCUCUAACAUUAUAUCAUCGCUCCUACUCUACACUCCAUCUCCUUCAUUUUACAUACAGUGUCAAGGUACAGGUAAUCUAACAUGGAUCACUUCAAACGACGAACCAGUGCCCUCUGUUUAUACCAGCGUCCCUUACCAGUCGUCGACGGGUAUUUUAAAUUUCACUCACAGCCCGAUGAGUGGAGAGUUGUAUACCUGUGUUUCAGACUCUGGUGCUAAUGGAAGUGUGUUUGUGACCAGUGAUAAUCCAGCUAUAUAUACUCCCAGUUCUACUAUACUAAUAACAAGUUCUACUAAUAGUAUCACUGUUAGUAUUAGAGUCUUUGUUGAUGGUUCAGAUCCUCUGCCAAGCCCUAACAAUAUAACAUGGUACCAUAACGACCAGCUUAUCUCUACCAACAGUACACCAGAUUAUUAUACAUUGGCAUUAAACAACACUGUUCUAGUGAUAACAGGACAAGGGUCCAGUCUUAUAGGCAGCUACACAGCCAGAGUUAUGACUACCAAUGGAGAUAACAGUGUGAUUAUUAAUGUCACUUAUCCAGAUUCCCUCAUUGUUAACAUUGAAGGUCCUCACAUCAUCAGAGAAGGUGCUAAUGCCUCUCUUUAUUGCAAUAUCACUGAUCUCCUACCAAUGAACACUAUAUCAUUGUCAUGGUAUUUCAUUGCCAGUAAUGGCACUGAGACUCUACUGGAGAGUGAAGAGCCUUUAUUAAUGAUUAAUAAUGCUAGACGAGGCUCUUCCGGUCUUUAUAUUUGCUCUGUAACAGAUAAUGUGGGAACUACCAAUCAGUCAAUGCAGCUUCAAAUAAAAUAUCCUCCUACAGCCAAUAUACUAAACAUUACUAGCACUAAUAUAUCACUACCCGAUGGCUCAGUAGGGACAUUAUUCAACUGCACAUCUGAUGGUUUUCCUUCUCCUAACAUUACUUGGACAUAUAAUAAUUCUACAACACUACCAAAUGGGAUUCAUCAAAAUAAAGGAUUACUAAAUUGGACUAGGCCUACCAUGUAUACAGAUGAAGGAGUAUAUGCUUGUGUAUCUGCUAAUGAUGUGGGUCAAUCUGUUGCUGUUAUUAACAUUAGCAUUUAUGCAUCUCCUAACAUAUAUUCAGUAUAUUCUCCACACCCUGGCUACCUGGUCUCCAAUACAAAUCCAAUACAGUUCAACUGCCCAACGAACAACAACUGCAAUAUCAGCUGCAUUGCAAGAGGUUGGCCUAGACCCGCUGUUCAAUGGAAGGAUGGGGAUGGUACAAGAUUACAAUCUCAUACAAUAACAAGUGAAGGUAGCGAUGUCAUCAAAGCUGUUGUUAGUUGGAGUGACACUCCAGGACAGUAUCAUUGUGAAGCUAGUAAUACCUAUGGGUCUAAGAAUAUUACUGUAUCAUUAACAAAUGUUGGUACAACUAUUCCUCCAAUUCCUUUUCCUCCUACUCCUCCGUCAGGAGCCACCAGUGCUAUUAUAAGAUUACAUUUACCUACUGUACAUUGCAGUCAAAACGACUCAGUUAUAACAGAAUUAACUUCUUCUCUAUCUUUCAUCAUUCACUCAUUAUGCAGCAGCUGUAGUUUCGAGCUCGAUAUGAUUACAACAGGUUGCACAGAGAAUCAAUCAACUAUUGCUGUCCUUGAUAUAACCUCUAGCAGCCACCUUUCAUCAACUUACGCUGCCCUGUCUUAUUGGUGGACUCAGAGGCCUACCAUACUAAUAGAUCAAGACCUGCUACCAGUGGCUACUGAUUGUAACUUACUAGUAGAAGGAUCGGACCCAACCUCAUGUACACCAACCCUCAUAAGCAGUCCAACUGUAACGUCUACUCUUAUAAUAACAACUGUAACACCUACUGCCUCACCAACGACAGGGACCAAUACUGGGACUCUAGUUGCUUUUAUUGUCAUCCCAAUCAUCAUUGCACUGCUAUUACUUGUAAUAGUGGUCGGGCUAUACAUCUUCUGUUACUGCUAUAAAAAGAAGAAAGAGAAAUCGAAUCAAGUUGACUGUGAUUUAACAAACUAUAAUUAUGCCAAUGUGGACGGUGAUAAAAUUGAUGGAUCCGGUUUUCAAGAUACAUCGUUCAAUAAAGGCGAGUCUGAAUAUGCCAGUAUCCAGCCAUCCACAGUAAACUCUUUACAAAUAUCAACUAACAAUUCUCCUUCUCAGUCUACCUCAGCUCCUCCCCCUCAAUACGAAGAGUUGAAUGUCAUCGCUCCCUACAGUGAAUUCACUACACUACAGAGACAGCCACCGGCUAGACAUAGUAACACUGCGACUGGCUCUGCUGCUAAAAAUAGUAACGGAGAUGCAUCGCCUACAAAGAGAGUAACGCAAGUACAAGUGAUAGGAUCAUCUACUAAUGUUAAUAGUAAUGAAUAUGAGUCACCGUUUGAACACCAUGAGUAUGCAACUCUCACUGAGUCUAGUGCUACAAUAAAGAGACCCCCUACUGAUAGUAGACUGACAAGAUCAGUCUCUCCUUAUGUAGAGCCUGUCCCUGUACCAUUAAGCAAUGGGCUCUCUCCUUUGGCAUCUUCUCCUUAUACAGAGCCGGUCCCAUCUGCUGAUAAUCUUCAUAGAAUAUCUCCUUAUAUGGAGCCCGUGAGCUCAACCAGUGACGUCAGAGGGUCUCCAGUGUCACCGCCAGUGUCACCUUAUGAAGAACCAUUCAAUGGUGUUAAUGAUUCUACUAUACCACCUCAUAUCGAGCCAUUACCUGGCGAUAAGAGGAACCAGCAGGAUCAACUAGCUAUAUUAGAUUCGUUUGUAGUAAUAGAUAGUCCUGCUAAUGACAGUAAUGAUGUUUCUAGUAAUAGUAAUGAUAUUACUUUACCUACUCCUCCAGCAUGGUAUAACUCUUGUUAUGAAGACAUUGUCACACCUACUGCUGUAGAAAAUAAUUAAUGCUUGUUUUUAUUGUUUAAUUUUUUUGUUUUAUAGUUGCUGUUCUAUGUGCUACUUAAUAUUAAAUUAUGAAAUUAAUUUUAGAAAUUUGACAGAAAA